UACUGACUGCGGUAAUUGAGCAUCCAGUUGAGACGUUUUUUGCAUUUUGUAUAUUUUGGAGUUCAGGCAUGAUGGUGAUCAUCUUUCUUUUUCAUCUGCUUCUGAUACAUGUUUCAGGUUUGUUAUAUGGGCCACGGCUAGUGAUAAGUCAUGUUGGAGGAUCAGUGACAAUCAAAUGCUAUUAUUCAACCACAAGCACCAAUAAACAUGACAGAAAAUACUGGUGCAGGGAAUCCAGCUUUUCUCGUGGGCGUUGCCAAGUGAUCAUUUCAACAAAUCAUUUCACCCUUCAAGACUAUGAAGGAAGAGUAUCCAUCAAGGAUAGCCCUCACAAUGGGCUUUUGCAAAUAACAAUGACACAGCUGAAAAGGAAUGACUCCAGUAAUUACAGGUGUGGCAUUGGCAAAUCGACCCAUGGUUUAUUUGCUGGGGUGAAUCUAACUAUUUGGGAAGGUUUAAAUCUACCUGAACAACCAAAAAUUAUUUGGGGUGAACUGAGAGGGUCAGUGACAAUCCAAUGUCCAUCUGAAACUACUGGAGAGUUGUGCAAACUGAGCAAAUUGGGCUGUUCUCCCAUAAGAGAAAUAAGCAAGGGCAGGAGGAAACAGCCAGAUGAAAGAAUUACUUUCACUGUGGUAGAUGUCUCAAAAACUUUCAACAUCACUAUAAAUGAACUGAGAAAAGAAGACUCUGGAAUCUAUAAGUGUGGAACUGAAAUACCCAAUGACGUUGGAAAAAUGAUACAACUUCAAGUCACAGAGGCAUCUGUUUUUUCCAACAUUGCAAAUGAAUUGCAAGGUACGUAUGUGCCAGAAACUCCUUUCAACAGACAUGUGAAACAAGACACAUAUGAGUCAGAAACUCCUUCCCACAGGCAUGUGACACCUGCAACUGACAUCUCAAAGGAAAAAUCUUCACAAACAAAGCAAAACUUACUUUCAAUUGUGUUACCAAUUCUUCUUGUUCUCCUUCUGGUUCUUGCUGCCAUUGCUAUUGCUGUAUUUAUUAAGAUCAGACAGCAAAGGAAGUAUGAAAUUCCAACACAGCCAAAAGGAGAAAAGGCACUAGCUGCUCCAAAGUGUUCAGAAGAGCAACCUAAAGAGAAAAAUAAUGCUUCAGCAGAUGAAGAAGAGUCUGCUCUGGGCACAGACAAAGAAGGCAGAGUCGAAACUGUCUAUUGUUUGGUCAGCAAUGGCCCAGACGCAACACAAGACAAUGACUGACUGACUUCCUGUGCAUUCAUCUAGAUUAGAUGAUUUUUUAAAACAUCCAUUAUGGUAUAUUAUGUCUGCUUUAACUGAGAGGCAGCUGAUGUAAAUCACAACCAUGCCCCCUAGUACUAUAAUGUCUCAGAUACCUAAGUCAGAAACACAACACAAGUUGGCUUUUUAUUAUCUUUAAAGCAAUAGCAAAGAUCCAAAAUUGUGGAAUAAUUAGUUCUGUGUGUAGUCAGAUGUUUUAUCAAGUUUGUAUUUGUACUUCCAAAGAAGUGUUCUGUGUGAGAGCUUGGAAUAGGUAAUUUAUUUAUUUUUUUAUUUAUUGAAAUAUGUAUUAAUUGUGUUUCAGCCUGCCAGGGUCUCCAAGACAGUGUACUGUUGAUAAAAUCAUGAUUUAAAAGCACAUCAAAACAAUAUUUUUAAGAUAGGAAAGUUCUAGGACUUGUAGUGAAAAACAUUGGAGAGGUGAAAAACAUCUUGGAGUAUACUUUACCCAUUUACAGUGCAGGGCUUGGGAAAGGACAUGGCUUGGAGGGUGGAAGAUUAUUGAUUAGCUUGCAGGCUGAAGAUUCCCCAUCAAAGACUAAAAGAAAAAGAAAGAAAUUCAGCAGUUUUACUGGGCAUUCCUGAUACGUUUUAUACAACUAGCCAUCUAAAGCCACCACUAUCCUGGGGUCAGCAUUCAGCUCACCCAUACAACCAUCACUUCGUUAAUGUUGACUGGAUUUGGUUUGUUCACCAAUUAUACUUAAAACAAAUGAAAAGUGAAACCUUCCAAACUUCUGUUGGCUGUGUGGAAGAAGAGUGAGUAAAUGCAGCCAUCGUGACUUAACAUGAUACAGAAAUGCAUACAUGAUGGGAGGACAUUUACUAUAGAUAUGAUUAUUCUGAAUGUUUUGGAUCUAUUUUGUUCUUUUGUGUCACAGACACUAAAUAAUACAAUUUGAAUUAUCCCCCAUCUCCAAAUGACAGCAAUAACUGUUAAAAAGUACAAGCAACUGGACUUUGCUCAAAGUCUUUCUGUUAACUCUCUGGUCAAUGGCACUAUACAGUAGGAAUAGUUAGGGAGGCGUGGUUAUAAUACAGAUAAUAUUUGCUAGCUUUGCUUGUGUUUCCUUAUUUCUGUUGGUUUGAGAUUUAGAUGUUUUUUUUAAAUAGAAGCAAUAUUAAUGAGUUUUGUCCUUGAGUAAUUUGAAGGGAGUAAUGAGUGACAAAUAAGAAACGAUGUUAAAAUGUGCUAUGUUAGAAAAAAUAACUUGAAAAUAUAGAUAGCUUUUAUUCAAAUCUGGUUGGAUAGGGAAAAUAUUUUCUAUGUUUAAUAAAGACAAGAUCUAAUUUAUGUAAUAUGAAUGUAAGAACCAGAAAGAAAGCUUGCUAUUGUAUGGGUCAGAGUUUUUCUAUUUUUAUCUGCAAGAAUGAUCAAGUUCCUUGACUGGAAGCUGAAAUUAUCUUUGUUUGGUUUAUCUUGAACAUAAAUAAAAAUUGAGAGAAGUAUUUCAAAAAAAUUCUUGUCCAUCCUGUUCUUCCCCUCCCCCUCGCUCAUUUUUCUCCACAGAAUCAAGUUAAGAAAGAGGUUAAAGUCCAGGAAGCAGAUUUUCUUAGCUUCUGUAGUCAGAGGAUUAUAAGUGUUCAAUCUCAUUUUGAUUUUUCCUU